AUGGAAGAUGACAUAUCAUUGUUUGAUGCUAGUAUAUUAGAAGAGAUAGAUUUUAGUAAAUGUCAUGGAGAAUAUAAACCAGCCAUUUCUCAUAAAAAUCCUGGUUCCAAUCUCCGCCUGCGUCCACUAUCAUCAGGAGAUUUUAACCGAGGAUUUUUAAAGCUUUUGACACAAUUAACUCAAGUUGGUGAAGUAUCAAAGAAGCAAUUUAUAGAAAGGUUCAAUUCUAUGAAAGCAAGUCCUGGUGGUUAUUAUAUCUUAGUUUUAGAAAACACAGAAACAGAAGAAGUUAUAGCAUCUGCUACUCUAGUUGUGGAAUUUAAAUUCAUACACAAUGCUGGUGCUAGAGGUCGUGUUGAAGAUGUAGUUGUUAGUAAAGAUUAUAGAGGAAAACAACUUGGUAAACUAUUAUUAGACUGCUUGACAUUAUUGGCACCUAAAGUUGGUUGUUACAAAUUAUCAUUAGAAUGUAAAGAUCCACUGGUAGAUUUUUAUACAACAUUUGGUUUUUCUAAAGAGGCUCAACAGAACUAUUUAGUACAGAGAUUUUGGGAUUAA